AUGCAGGGUAUGGCGUUAGCUAUUCAACAUUGCACGCUACCCAUCGUCGUUCAAUCAGACUCCUCGGUGGCACUGGCCGCUUUGGCAGGAGAGCAUCUCAGCAGUUCGGCUUAUGGACAUCUGGUAGCGGAAAUCCGUCAUCUCAUGGAUGAUAGAGUUUUUAUUCCUUCGAAAAUUAAACGUGAGCAAAAUAGGGUAGCAGAUCGGUUGGCUUUGUAUAGUCGUACGGAGAGUAUUACUGCUGUAUGGCUAGCAAGAGGACCACCUUGUGUCGAGGAUUUAUUACUUCUCGAUUGUAGCCCUAUUCAUAUGGAAUAA